AUGUAUCAACGUCAUCGGACCAGGAUAAAGGGUGGUUUAAGCUCCUCCCAAAAUAAUGAGGUGUUGAGCGACAUGAUGGUUGAAGAGGCGUUUAGAGCGGAAUAUCGAAUAGUUUUUCGGUGUUCAGUAUGUAAUGAGUGUAAAGAAUCCUUGGAGAAAUUAGAGGCUCAUUUGUGGAACUGCCAUUUACGUGAAUUUCCGUAUAGAUGUGCGUUGUGUGGGUAUCCUUCCUUAAGCUCUAAAGCACUAUGCUUGCAUUUCGAGCAAAUGCAUGGUCGAAAUGAGCCCGUUCUGUUCAAGAGGUCUAUAGCAAACGAAAUGCGUUUGAGAGAGAUGAUUGCACAAUCUUUGUUAUUCCCAAUGGAAGAAAAUAUUUACGAUAGUGUUGCAUUACCCAAUGGCGAUGACGAGUCGUUGGGACAGAUACCCGUAAUCGAACAGAAUCAAGUUCACCACAUUAUGCCGACGGAAAUCGGGAGUACCAUAGCUAUUGAAACCCCUUAUGAGACACUGGCGGUUAGCGAGUUCAAUGGAAACGUAGUAAAAGAAGAAAUUGUUAACGAGGAUAUUCGGCAGCGUAAGCAAAGCGGUGUAGUUGCGGUAGAAGAGGGUUGUGUUGGCGAUGUUUACAUCGCUCAAAAUGCUUACGGGGUCUAUGAAGAUGGGAGUUAUGGGAUACAAUUUGUUGACGAGGAUGGAAACCAGUUGGAUGCUCAGAAUCUGAUCACUGAAGAGGACAGUUUUCAAGAGAACGUACUACCCCGUAUGCCUACCCAAGUUCAAGAACACUCGAACAGAGUAGUAGUGAAACCAAUCUCUAAGUCUCGUAGGCGUGCAACUAUUCACCAGUGCGAAGACUGCGGUAAGGUAUUGAAGUAUCCUUCCAAAAUUGCUGAACAUCGGAGGUCGCAUACGAAAGAAAAACCACAUAGUUGUCCUGAAUGCGGCGCAUCUUUCUCCCAGAAAGGAGCUCUGAAAUGCCAUUUGCGUCUUCAUACAGUUAGUUUUCGAUUAGGCGAACGACCUUAUUUAUGUACUUGGGAUUGUGGACGAUCUUUUGUUUCUGCAUCUGCAAGACAAAUGCACGAAAAGAUGCACACUGGUGAGAAACGCUUCAUAUGUUCUGUAUGCGGUCACUUGUUCAGCAAAAAGUUCCAUAUGCAAAGGCAUAUGUCAACCUUACAUCCUAAUCACGAAGAUGAAGAUUUCACCGGUUUGGAUGCUGCUGGAGAGGAUGCUGGGACUUUGGCAAAGACUGUGGCGACAGUGGCGAAAGCUAUCCUGAUUUUAAAUCGGGUUUGCCGUUUCGCUAUUGGUAGUCCAGAAGUUUUUUGUGCAAUUAAGUUUAAUUAUGAGGUCGGUGCACAUUCAACGAUAGAUCUCGGGAAUGCUGUUUCGAAAUUUCUAGUAAGUUCAUUGUUGUCAAUUCCUGUUCGCCUGGUUAGCAAACGGGAAUUGAAUAUGUUUUUACUCAUGGUAAGCGAAUUCUUGUGUCUGGACUGGUCACCAUAUUUUGAAAACUGGGUUCUUGUAAUUCCAUUUGAUCCUCUGUAUUGUCAAAGGCCAAAUCAGUGUUUAAAAUAUGAUGGAUCUGAAGAGUGGUUCUUUUUUUACCUCGCGGUUGCAAUAAUACUGGAUGACCUGAAGAUUGUGGUUGCACAGAGUUUUCUUGCGAGCUUUGCAAACGUUGGCUUGCUGACGACCACAUCAAAUUGUAAACUGCAAUUAGGAUUGUUUGGAAGACAACGGUUUUUUGUUGCAUGCAGAACUGCGAAAGGCCAUCCAUCAUUUCGUAAAGUGGGUGGUACUGCUGAAAACUUGCUUGUCCCUAUUAACUGGGUUUUCGUGAAAAUGGCUUUAUCGCGCAUGUUACCAUCUGGUACAACUGAGGGGAUAGUGAAUUUUACGGGUUUUGAAAGGGUUGUCACUGUUGAUCAGGUUGUCAUAACGUUUGCUGAAGAUGUAAGGGACGAAGUGUUUCAAGAUAUGGCGCUGAACGAUUUUACGUCUUGGUCAUAUAAUGAAGUAUUUAGCCACGACUUUUUGCCAGGAGCCUCUUGCAGUGGAGCGCCAUCUGUAGAAGCUGAAUUAGUGUUCGGAGAGGAUGGUAACUUAGAGGGAGUCGAUAGUGCAAAUAGUAGCGUGACUAGAAGAAAAGAAAACCAGGUUCAUUCGUCAUCUUGUUUCGUAGUCACUGAUAAAGGAAAUUUUUUGGUGGAACGGCGGAUUCGAAGAACAGCUACAGUUGCUGAGUGCGAAUACUGUGGUGUCGUAACAAAACAUCCUUCUAAAAUUCAAGCUCAUUUAAGAACACACACUGGGGAAAAGCCCUUCGAGUGUCUUAUUUGUGGAAUGAGGUCAAUUUUGAAUGAAGAGUGCGCUCCAGCUCCUUUUUCUGAUUCAAUAACUUCCGGCAUUUCAAUUCGUACACCUUACUGUAGAUUCACCCAGCGAACUCCAAUGAGGAUGCAUGUUAGGCGCCAUCUGAAGCAGACGCCCUUUACCUGUUCGUUUGGUUGCGGAAAAAGCUAUGUUUCCAAUGCACUGAAGAAUGCUCACGAAUUUAAGGCCCAUUCGAAAGAAAGAAGUAGAAACCUUGCAAAACGGAAUAUUAGAAGGCCCAUGAAUUGUAUUCCCUUGGAAUCGCGGAGCAGUCCUGUUUUAAAUACGCAGGUGUAUCCCCGGUCUCCUACUGGUUCUAUUAAAGUGUCUCCACCUCCUACAACUAGCAGCAGUCUUGACGAAGGAUUCAUUUCGAAUUUGCAGGUGAUAAAUGCCGUAGCAGCAGGGGUAUGCGCCGAAUCACCAAAAAGAGUUCGUCGCCGUCCUGCAGUUAUUGCAGAGUGUACGGAAUGUGGCCUGGUGCUCAAAUAUCCCUCAAAAAUAAAAGCACAUAUGAGAGUUCAUACCGGAGAACGUCCAUUCGAAUGCCAAUUUUGUUUUAUGCGUUUUGCCACUGCAAACCCCUUGCGAGUGCAUCUUCGACGAAUACAUACUGGUGAGAAACCAUUUGAAUGUAGGUGGGAGUGCAGUCGUCGUUUUGUUUCCAUAUCAGCGAGAAACGAACACGAAAGGAUUGUCCAUGCAGGAUUCAAGAGAUAUCAGUGCACUGUUGGUGAAUGCCGUCGCUUGUUUACAAGACGUCAGUACCUGAUUGUACACCAGUCAAAGGAGCAUAGUAUUGAUUGCGGCUUUGAUCGAGAUUCAUUCGGGACUCCAAAGGAGCUUACAAAAGAGAGCGGAACCAAAUUACUUCCCGUCCCCGCAGUGGCCGUGCAAUUAAAGCCGUCGUGUCAAUAA